AUGCGUCUGACAAGCUCUUCCUCCACCCUGGGAUACUGCCUCUUGCUGGUGACGUUGGUGAACGCGGCACCGAGUCCGCAGGAACCCUCGUUCGAGCUUCCGGUUCAGCUGAUCGGCUUCCCCGUGAUCAUCGCCGCUGUGAGGAUCUCCAACUUCGUGAAGAAACUCGCGUACUCGCUGAACCCAGAGACUUACGUCAGCAGAGUAAGACGAGACCUGCCUCUGGUACACGACGAAGAAAUCCUAGACGUUAGCCAAGUGGAGAAGAAGUUGGUGUCCGAGUUGGGCGGCAACGUUUGCAUCUACGAGAAAAUCUGCGUCAAGUAUGCGGCCCAAACUCUUCAGAAACGGAGUCGGGAGCGAGCCCUGGACUGGGACGUCGUCUUCAGCGAGUACAAAUCAUCGGCGAACCCGACGAAGGAGAAUUAUUUAUUGAGCGUGUUCCUGGGCGACAUCAUAGGCAGCCCGCGACUCUGUCAUCAGCUGGCGAAGCGAGGGAGAGGCUGCGACGAGGCAACGCUCUCGGAUUAA